UCUCUCUACGGACUAUAUAUUAUUGUGGUUUGGGCGUAUGGGAACAGAUUUUAAUCCCGAGGAGUCCUUUUGCUCCUCUUGAGAUUUUGACCGUAAACAGUCAUAUGAUUCUUGCAUUUAACCAUCUGAAACAUUCUUAAAUCUCUGUCCUUUACGAAAACCCAUCUCCAGAUUCCGCCAUGGACGAGCUCUGUUUCAGCCAGCCUCACCCUCUUUCCGGAGGCAAGUAAUCGGAUUCUGAAUUCUGCUCAAGAUUUCCGGCGACCCACGGUUCGAACCGUGGAAAUGGAGACGGAGACAAGAAAGCCGGUUCGGAACUUGCCCGAAACGAUCCACUCGUUGCUCGGUCUGAAAUCCCAUUUCACUUCCGCUUGGGUCAAAUCGGUGUGCAACAUCGUCAAGAACGUUCCUUCGCCAUCUUCUUCGAAACGAAGCAAAAGCUGUCAGAUGGAACAGCUGAGUGUCGAUGAGGAAGACGACUCUGUUUCCAUCGAAGUUCAGAUCAUUAAAGACGAACUCUCUGCCUUGACUGCUUCUGUAAACGAUCUGAACGCGCGAAGAAGAAAGAUUCUGAACGAGUUAUUGGACCUUAAAGGUAACAUUCGUGUGUUUUGCCGUGUGAGACCCAUCAGGACAGUCUCGGGAUCGGCGGUUGCUUCGGACACAAGAAACGUCGCCAUUAGGUUGACGGAAAACAAGAGCAAAGUCUACAGCUUUGACAGAGUUUUCGUACCGGAUUCAUCACAAGAUGAAGUCUUCUUAGAGAUCGAACCAGUCAUCAAAUCCGUCAUCGAUGGCUACAACGCCUGCAUUCUCGCUUACGGGCAAACGGGUACCGGAAAAACUUUUACAAUGGAAGGUGUUCCAGAGGAUCCGGGAACUGUUCCUCGUGCGAUCAGAUCGUUGUUCGAACAAGCCGAGGAAAGCAACAAUGCCUUUCUCGUCAACUUCAGUAUGUUAGAGAUUUACAUGGGAAACCUCAGAGACCUCCUUGUUCCUCAAGCAACCAGAUCGAAAGAUGCCAUUCCUCCACGAAUCUCGAUUCAUGCGGAUGCAAAGGGAGAGAUAGAGAUUGAGAACUUGGUGGCAAUCAAAGUGAAUGACUUCCACCAUGCCUUGAAGCUUUACAGAUUAGGUUGUCGGAACAGAUCAACAGCUUCCACGAGUUCGAACUCAUCUUCGAGCAGGUCGCACUGCAUGAUCCGGGUAACGAUGACGUGGUGGUUCGGGGAGGAACGAGAGAGAAGGAACAAGAUAUGGCUGGUGGAUCUUGCUGGGAGCGAGCGUGUCCUAAAGACAAGAGCCAUAGGACGACGUCUCGAUGAAGGCAAAGCCAUCAAUCUCUCCCUCUCCUCCCUCGGCGACGUCAUUUACGCUCUUCAACACCGUAAACCUCACAUUCCUUACAGGAACAGCAAGCUGACGCAGGUUCUGAAAGAUUCCCUCGGGCAAGAUUCGAAGACGCUGAUGCUGGUUCAUGUCAGCCCGAAAGAAGACGAUUUGUGCGAAACGAUAUGUUCUCUGAACUUUGCAACAAGGGCCAAGAACAUCCACUUGGGACAAAACGAAUCGACGGAAGAACGAGAGAAAAAGGAAGGAGCGAUAGAAAAUCUGCAGCGAGCAAUGGAAAAGAUUGAACAAGAACGGCAAAUAGCAUCGAGAGGCAUCAGAAAUCUAAACGAGAAGCUGGAGAAACUCACCAGGAAACCUCAAGAACAAGAACAAGAACAAGAAAAUGUAAUCAUGGAAGAGAGACAGUGUAACAAAGAGGCUGCGAAGAAGAAAACGGGAAAUGCCGGAAAUCGUCUGCCUAGUUUUAUGAAGCCAACGGUUAGCAGCAGGAAGAAAUCGGGAAGGGAUCGAAACGUGACUCAUGGUGAUUCAGCCAUUUCAACGAGACCGAGAAGGACAUGGAGAUCGAGCUCUAUCCGAGCUGAAUCUGUGUGUUUCCCGGUGAAGAAGAACGACUUCAACUCGGUGUGCAACUCAGACAGGAGCAUUUCCAAGUCAACUUGCGUUGCUGCGGGUUUUGCUAACGCGGAUAGUGCAACUAUCUACAGCCAGGACAUGUCGGAAUGUGAGAUCAAGGUUGUUGUGUCUGAAAACAAGAGGAAACUCCAGAUGGGUUCCGAUUUGACAAACACGCAUUUCAAGAUCUGUAAUGCCGGGAAGGAUCUGAACAGGACGACGGGCGAACACGAGUUCUCAAGGGUCGAUAACUGGCUUCAGUCACAGACUGAGCACAGCGAGGAACAAGUCGCGGCCACUCCUUUCCCGGAGAAACAAAUAUCUCUGAACAACUUUGCACCGCAGAAGAUCAUCGGACGUGAAACUGCAGAGAAAACGAAAGGAAUGGAAGAGCGUAAACCCGAGGAGCCGAUGAUUAAACCGACCUUGAUGCUGAAAGAUUUGUUUCAAAUGCCCUGCUGCUGUUCCGCUGAAUCAGAUGACCAGACUUUACCAAAGGCAGUGAAUUCAGAAGAAGAUGAUAUAUAUCUGUAUCCUCCAACUGCAGGAUACGAAGAACUCAGUCAAUAUACAGACGAGGAAGAAGGAUACAUUCUCAGGGAAGAGUUCUCAGACAGAUUCAUGGUGGAAAAUGGGGUGAGCCGGUUUUCUUCUGUACAGGAAGAUGAUUAUAACGCUGAUUCUGAACGUGAUUCCUCAGUCUCAAUCUCAAUGUUCGAACGAGAUUCUGACAUCAAACAGUUCUCCAAAGAACAUGAUUCAGAAGUAGAGUCAGUCAUCCGACCAAAGUCUCAGAGAGCUUUGGCGCUCACCGACCAAGAGGAUGAUAUUCCGCCAUUGCUCGGGCCACAAGAAAGCUCGGGCCAGAAAGGAAAAGCUCGCAUGGAUAUGGAGAAGGUCGAGGCUUUAUGCUUCAGUGCCUUGCUGGGGUUAGGGUUUAUGGAUUUGGGCUAUGGAAGUGACUUCUUCUACGGGUUAGCGAAGUAAGCAAAGAUGAGGGAAGUGAAGGUGUACUUUUCCCACAACAUGGGAACUCGUUGUUGUGUCAGACUCGAUCAUGCUUUGAGAAUCUUGAAAAACUGGGGACAUGAACUUGUCCCUGUCUUAUUUAAGACAGUCUACUGUUAUACUAAAUGUAUAGUAAACUUCAUAUUUGUUUCUACGCAUAUGAUUCUGAAGCAGCUGAUUGGUUCCCAA